CGCACCACCUCAAAAUCUUCCUAGGGCAGCCUGUGGUUCGGCCCGUGAAAAAAGUUUUAUUUUCAAUUCGGCCCGGGGGCAAAAACUGUUGGCCACCCCUGGCCUAGACGCUACCCUGGCGAUUUUCCACCCGUGUGCGCGAAAACUUUUCCAGGUUUUUCAAUAAUUGAUUUUCGAAAGUGUACGUGUCGAAACUAAAACCUUUUUAAAUUGUUAUGCCAGUUUUUCUUUCUUGUAAUAGAUAAACGUAUACGUGAGGUAGUAAAAAAAUAGGAAAUGGAAAAUGUCUCUAUAGGCUAUACUAGGACUUAAUGUUAUCUGCUUAUCUUACGUAAAUGAAAAUUAUUAAUUUAAAUAACUAUCGUUGCGACUGCUGCCGUUUUAAGGAACGACCAUACCAUUUUAUUGAAUUGGCAAAAAAUCUAGACCAAACGAUUUAGCUUAAGUGGCCAGUAAUACGGCGAUAGAAUGUUUACUAACGCGACUUUAAAUCGCGUGAUUUUUUUUCACCGAAAUAAAAAAGGUGGAAAAACACCGCUCUACCCGAAUCGCAAGCUUUCGAAUUUCCUCCGGCGCCCGACGAGGAGAAAGAGUUGGCGCAUUUCGGGUGAGGACGGUUUUGCCUUAACGCCACGGCCGGAGAACGCUUUAAUUACUUAUUAAAAAUAGGGUCGGGGCUGCGGCUUUACGGGCGGAGCGUCGUCUGUCCUAACGAAAUUUCCAUUCUUCCCGCAGAUGAAGCGCGUGAUGGAGAUGCAGGCGGAGAGAAAACGGCGAUGGAAGAACAAGGAAAACGCCGGAAAGGAAUAUUACGCCCCGCCCCCCAAGAUCGACAGCUUCGAAGACGUUUACCAAUGAAGAAUUCCCGAGGGUAGCCGCGCGGCGUCCGGUAGAACGUCGACCGAUCCUUUCUUAGUCCCCAGCAGAAUUGUAUUCCGGACCAAUAAAUAACGUACGAUAGCGCCACCGCUGGUCUUCUCUGGGUCCGCGGGCGGAGGGGUAAGAAGAGCCGGUUACGGAGGAAUUAGCGGAAGAGGAGACGGCGGCUCCUCUCGAACGUCGGACUAUUUAUAGCCGCGCCGUCGUAAUUAGGCCAGGUAUUCGGGCGCCGGAGUCGGACCGUAUAGGGGAGAAAGGUCGGAGUUCGGCGGAUACGUCCGGGACUGGGUGUUUUCCGGAGGGCGGCGGGUAUUUUUCGUCGUCGGAGACCGGGAGGAAAGGCCGAGUGGGGUUUCUAUUUGGGCGCGGCCGUCGGAGUCUGCGGUUGGGUCCGUUCUAAAAAUAGACGCUAGCAACUAGACCGAAACUCUGUUAGCGCAGCCAGCUGGCGCCUCACCCCGCCGCCGGGACACGUUCCUACCGUCGAUAUGGCGUCGUCGGGAAAUUAUAAUAUCCCUCGCACCAAAACCUUCAAGAGGAUCUACACCGAGAUAUCCCACGAAUGCAUUCGGCGAGACGGAGGCGCCGGUUCUCCGGAGCGGCAAAGUUUUAACAUGGCCUCGGGCGAGUGUCGUCAGCCGGAAUGGAGAGGCGGAAGAGAAGAGAGGUCGGAGAGGAUGUUCGGCCGAUCGGAUUCCGUUUCUCGAGUGACGGACAGACUGGUGGAAAUGUUGGAUCACGUCGAGAAACGCGUGGAGUUGCUCAGGGAACACGCCAGCGCCGUGGAGCAAGAGAGGGACGCGCUGCUCACCAUGCUGCAGACCAUCGAGUCCAAUAAAGACAUGAGAUUCAUCAGCGAAGGUGAAAGGGAAGAAAUAGAAAUAACUGCAGACCGACUAAGGUCACGUACCCUUACGGUGGAAGUUACGGUCACUACGCCAAGAAACGAAAUUCAGAAAAAAGCAUUAGAGCAAGUUAAUCAGUACAUCGACGAUUUGCUUGUCAAAUUUCGUGUCGAUGUGGAUAGUGCCAAACGGACAUGUCAGGAAUAUCUAAACGCUUGUUUAUCGGAAUCACGUGGAAAUAUAGAUCAGAGGUUUCAGGCGGCGAUUAUCGAAUGCACGGCAGACGAUCAGAAGAAAACACGGAAGCGAUUAGAAUCACUACUGAUGACUGUGUUUCACGCCGAAGAAAGGAUGAGGCGCUAACAUCAAACACGCCUUAAUGUUGAAAUAAUUUUAUAGUUUAUAACUUCUUGAGUAUAUAUAUUAUUAUUCGUGAAAAAAUUGUUCAGAAAAUCAGUAUCAUUUAUUAGAGAAAAAUCCAAAACUAUUUAAUGAAAAUAUUCAAAAUUUUCCAAUUCAAGAAUCAAAACAUUAAAUAUUUUAAAAAUCAAGUUGAAAUGAAAUCUAAUAUCUCUGCUGUACAUAAUUUUAAUAGUUGCUUCGUGAUUAAUUUAUAUACAAACAAAAAGCAAAAAGAAAAUAUAUGCAGUGUGUGCUAUCUCUUCUGACACCGUUUAUAAUUUAGAAGUUUAAAUGAAAAUAAAUUAUUAUCGAUCAUAUUGGUAUUUUUCUACAGCACAAAGGUACUUCACAUUUGAGAUAGGUACACACAAUCAUUUUCUAGUCUGUUUCAAGAGAGCGAAUUCUUGAAAAGUGGCUUAGACGAGUAAAAUAUUGUGAUAAGUCG